AUGUGGAACUUUUUUGCUCGAGAAAGUUUUCCCUAUGAAUCGGUUGACAAAGUUGAUUUCUUUAACGGAUUAUCCGUCUUAUCUUUAAACGAUGGUGUAAAAAAGGGCACUGGUGAAAAAGUCAGUAUUUUCACCUAUAAUAAAAAAUCAGGGAAUCAAGACUUAUUGGAACAUGUCAAAUCAGCUAUUAAACGAUUGAAAACUCUGAAACAUCCAGCGAUUCUAACUUAUUUGAACAGUUAUGAGGAUGAAAAUGUGAUUCACAUUGUUACUAACCGUUGCAUUCCUUUGUUGGUUUAUCUGAAAACAUUGGACUCAGAGCAAAAUGGAGAAAUGUAUUUGAAAUGGGGAUUAGCAACAAUUGGUGAAGCAGUUGCAUUUCUAAACAAUGCCGACUUACGUCAUAAUAAUAUCUUCCAUGGUUCUGUUUUUGUUAAUGAUCAUGGUUUUUGGCAACUUGGAGAAGUUGGAUACAUUAGCUCUCUGAAAUCAAGCUAUCCGUAUAAACACACUGAAGGAAUGAGGAAGUAUAAUCCACCCGAAGAAAUGCUUAAAUCUUCAGUUUGGUCCAUUGAUAAUUGGAGCUUAGGUGUAUUACUUUGGGAAACUUUUAAUGGUGAAUUAGAUUCUUUAAAAAGCCUUGCUAAACCAAAAAAGAUACCUUCUGACUUGAUAAAAAUUUUUAAUCAACUUCUUCACCAGAGAGAAUAUGACAAAGAGAUUAUUGAAAGCUUCAUAAAGAGUUGCACGUGUCACAAUGCUUUGUUCAAUACCCUUGAUGCUCUUAGCAACUAUCAUCUUAAAGAUAAGGACAUAAAAGGGAAAAUUGCCAAAGAUUUGCUUGCAUUAUUACCAAUGAUUCCUAAGGAUAUUGUUUUAAAUAAAAUAUUAUCAUUGCUGAAACAGGCACACGGAUUUGAUUCUGAAAGUAGUGCUUACUUAGUACCAAUUGUUGCAAAGAUUCCUACUUUAGCAACUGAAGAAAAAUUAAAAAGUGAUAUAGAACAAUUUCUGGUACUAUUAUUUUCUUCAAAUGAUAGAGCUACACGUCUUUCUCUUUUAAUGAAUAUUGAAGAAUUCAUAAAUGUGAUUAGCAAAAAGAGUGUCAAUGAUAUAUUCCCAUACUUCUCUGCAGGAUUUUUAGAUUCCAAUCCUAAAAUCAGAGGUGAAACUGUUAAGGCAAUGGUUUCUAUAGCUCCCCUACUGUCUAAAAAAAAUUUAAAUGAUGAAAGUAUGCGGCUUUUACUCCAAAUACAAGCAAAGGAUGCAGAGGCACAUAUAAGAACCAAUGCUACCAUUUGUCUGGGAAAAAUAGCAUAUUCUCUACAACCUACCACAAGAAAAAAGGUCCUCUUGAAUGCUUUCUUAUUUGCAUUACAUGAUUCUUGUCCUACAGUGAGAAAUUCAGGUAUUCAAGCUUUUGCCGUCACUCAUCGAUUCUUUCCAGUUGAAGAAACAGCAAAAAGCAUUUUGCCUGGACUUAUUUGUUUAACGAUAGAUUCUGAUUCAAAUGUAAGAGAUAAUGCUUUUAGAACUAUCAAGGUUUUAAUAUCAAAACUAGAACAAGUUUCAAAAUCACCAGAAAUGAAGGAAACAAUAGAAAAAGAUGUGAUGAGUGAAACUUGUGAAGACAAUGUAACUUGGUCAGGUUGGGCAUUUUCUGCAUUAACAUCAAAGUUUUUGAAACCAAAUGAAACAAAAACGAAAGCUGAUUCAGUAGAAAACAAAAAGGUUGAUACUCUAGAAAACAAAAAAUCUGAAGUAAUAGCCAACAAAAAACCUGGUUCCAAAAUUUCAGAGCCUUCGGUAAGUGAACCCAAACAAGAUAAAGAAAAAAUAACAAAUAUAGUACCAUCUGCAGAUCCUCAUUCUGAUGAUAGUGAAGCUUCUGAUUACGAUGGUUGGGGCGAUAGCAACUGUGAAGGCUGGGAUGAUGUAUCUGAGGUUUUCCCUGCCAAGAAAAGUGAAAAAAGUAAUAACGAAGAAAAUUUACCAAGGAGAAACGCAGGUCCUAUGAAACUUGGUACCCGUUUAAAGAAGUGA